AUGAAGCUCUCCCUCCUCCCCUUCCUCCCUCUCGCCUUCGCCCUGCCCAACCAACUCGUCUUCCCCUCCUCGAAGACGUCUAACCCCCUCUCCAGCCUCCCCGAGAAGUUGCACACAUGGUAUGAGAACGGCCGGGAGUGGGUAUCGAAGAAUGGCAUCACCUAUGAGUUCGUGACGCAUCCCGAGUUUCCCGAGUACAGUAUCCGGGUCACCGAGCCGACGUUGUGCGAUUCAACUGUACAGCAGUACUCUGGGUAUCUCGAUAUCAGUGACGGAAAACAUUUGUUCUUCUGGUUCUUUGAAUCUCGCUCGAAGCCGAGCGAAGACCCGCUCGUCCUCUGGCUCAACGGUGGCCCCGGCUGCUCCUCCAUUACCGGACUCCUGUUCGAGCUCGGCCCCUGCAUGGUCUCCGACGAAGGGAAGAAUACGACAUUCAACCCCUAUAGCUGGAACAAGAACGCGAACGUUAUCUUCCUUGACCAGCCUGUGAAUGUUGGGUUCUCCUACUCGGACGACGGGACUGGUGUGAAUACGAGCCCGGUGGCUGCGGAGGAUGUGUGGACUUUCUUGGAGAUGUUUGUCACUCGGUGGAAGAAGUACUCGGAGGUCCCAUUCCAUAUCUCCGGCGAGUCUUAUGGCGGGACCUACCUUCCCAACCUUGCACACGUCAUCCACUCACACAACAAGGAAAUCGCCGCUUCCCCAGCGACGUUCGCACCCAAACAGCUCCACGCGCUCAACUUCAAGUCUAUACUCAUUGGAAAUGGUCUCACUUCGCCUCUCAUCCAGUUCCCUGCUGUGGCGGAAUACGCGUGUGAUGGCCCAUACCCGGUGUUAGAGAAGGACGGCCCAGAAUGUCAGGCGCUGUACAGCAAGAUCCCUACUUGCGUGAGGUUGAUCGAGUCCUGCUACAAGUACAAUAACCGCCUGACAUGUGUGCCUGCCAGCAUCUACUGCUGGUCCCAGAUGUACGGCCCCUUCCAGAACCUCGGCCUAAAUCCCUACGAUGUCCGUCGCACCUGUGACCGGGAGAAAGAUGGUAGCCUCUGCUACAAGGAGCUGACCUGGAUCGAGUCAUUCCUCAAUACUGAAGCUAACAAGAUAGAGCUUGGCGUGGACACGGAACGCGGCUACCAGGGUUGCAACAACGACGUCAACCGUGCCUUCUUUUCUCAAGGCGAUAGCAUGCACGAUACUGCCGCUCUUCUCCCUCCUCUACUGGAAGACGGAAUUCGCUUGCUCAUCUACGCCGGCAACGCCGACUUUAUGUGCAACGCGAUUGGCAACCUCGAGUGGGUCGUAGCGCUCGACAACCCCUUCGCGUCCGAAUUCCGCAACCAGACCAAUGAGCCCUACGCCCUGCCCAGCGGGAAGAUCGUGGGAGAAGUACGCUCUGCUGGGGGUAAGGGAGCGGGGAACCUCGCCUAUGUCCAAAUUUAUGAAGCGGGACAUAUGGUACCGUACGACCAACCAGAAGCGGCGCUAGACAUGUUCGAGCGGUGGAUCUCUGAUGUCCCUUUGACGGUGAAGGAGGUCGACAUGGAGGAGAUCCCGUUCUUGGGCUGGUGAGCGGCGGCAAGUUUGACUGCUGGGAGUUAGUGGCUUUAGUGGAGGAUUCCGUCGCGGGCUGUCUGGGAGCGGUACCAGGAGUUAUCUAGAUAUUGGUGCAUGUAUGGGAUGAUUGAAUGGACGAAGCUUGUGCUUCGAACAACUUUUAGCUACGUACAGUAGUGACGCUUUUCAUGCCCGGGCCAAAAUCC